GAAUUCAGAGAAUUUAAUUGAAUUAAAAAAGUCAAGUUAUACAUUUUUCACUUGUUAUAUUUGUAGAAUAAAAUAUAUACAAGAAUAAGUAAAAAAAAAAAACUAUUAAAUAUUUAAUUUGAUUAUUUAAUAUUAUUUAUAAAAAAAAAAAAAAAAUGAAAAUUGGUAUUGUAAUGAUAAAAAUUCCAGAAGCAAGGCUUUUUAAAAAAAUUCAAAUUUUCAAUCAACAAAUAUAAAUAGAGUAAAUAAAUAAAUAAAUAAAUAAAAAUUAUUAAGAUAAUGUGAUUUUGAUGAUAUUUAUUUUGUCAUUAUUUAAAUUUUUAUUUAAAAAAAUAUGUUAACGACUAUAUCAACGGCCUUGGAGCUUAACUCCUCGUAUUAUACAACGGUAAUUGGAGGUAGCAGUACAUUGGAAGGAUUUUCAGUAUCAUCAGCUGAUCCUGAAAAUGCAACGUCAACCCCAUACAUGCUUCCAGCUUAUAUUCGUACUCCAUCAAUGGUAGUAUGCAUUGCAGUGAUGGUCCUGGGAAUUGUCGGCAACUUGAUGGUACCGUUGGUUGUGCUACGUGGUAAGGACAUGAGAAACAGUACCAACAUCUUCCUAGUUAAUCUCAGUGUUGCUGAUCUCUGUGUUCUUCUCAUUUGUGCGCCCACUUUACUCGUUGAGGUCAACUCUGGGCCUCAGGUUUGGCCACUUGGUGAACACAUGUGUAAGGCUGUGCCAUUUGUAGAGUUAACUGUAGCUCACGCAUCUGUAUUGACAAUAUUGGCAAUAAGUUUUGAACGAUACUACGCAAUUUGUGAGCCACUGAGAGCUGGAUAUAUUUGCACAAAAGCAAGAGCAACAUUUCUCUGUUUCCUUGCAUGGAUCCUGGCUGCAAUUUGUACAAGUCCAAUUCUACCGCUGACAUCAUACACGAUUGAUCCAGACGAACAAGGAAUAAAAUAUCCAAAUUGUAUAACAGAUUUAAGUCAAACAUGGGCAAUAACAUUUGUAAUAAUAACAAUAAUAAUAUUUUUUAUCAUUCCAUUAUUUAUAUUAAUAAUAUUAUACACAGUUAUUGCCCAACAUUUGAUGGCCAAUCCGGCAAUAAGUCGUGGUCCAGCAAAUAAUUUAUUAAAAUAUCGUAAACAAGUUGUUAUGAUGCUUGGUACUGUUGUAUUAUGUUUUUUUAUAUGUAUAUUACCAUUUCGUGCAUUUACAUUGUGGAUUAUAAUAUCACCAGAAUCAUUUGUUAUUAAUAUUGGUGUUGAAUGGUAUUUUUGUUUAUUAUAUAUCAGUAGAAAUAUGUUUUAUCUCAAUUCAGCAAUUAAUCCAAUAUUAUAUAAUUUAAUGUCAACAAAAUUUCGUGGUGGUUUUUUACGUUUAUGUGGAUUUAGUACAAUACGUGAACGUGAUACACCAACAUCUGGAAGAACUAAAACAACAACAAGCAACAAUAGUAAUAAUUCAUCUGAUUGGCGACGUCAAAGCAGUAACAAGAGUUGCAGUGUUAAGGGAUCAGAAAUUCGUUAUUCCACUAAUGGAGCCAACGAAAAAGGAGAACGAUAACAACCAUUAUCAGUGUAUUGUUGUAUAUAUAUUUUUUAAAUCUAAUAUCAUCAUUAAAAUGAAUAGAAACAAAAAAUAUAUAUAUAUAAAAAAAAAAACGAGAAAAGGCUAUGGGAAAUCGCACCGAAGAAGAAAAUAUAUAUGAAAAUUUUACCUGAGUUAACCAAUGCUUCAAUUCUAGUUGAAGUGGAUAAGAUGGAAAUUUUUAUCAUGUGGAAAAGAAAAUUGGCUGAUGCUGAAACCAUGUGUGUGUAACAAUUCUCACCUUUUUUUUUAUUAUUUUAUUUCAAAAUCAUUUUCUUUAUUUAUUUAUUAUUUUUUCAAUCCGUUGAACAUUAUUAUAUACACUUUGCAUUUUUUGCGUCCAUUGUUAUAUAUUAUUUUAUUGCAUAAUUUUUCUAGCAUUAUUAUAUUUAUAAAAAUAAUAAUUUAGUGGAAAUUUAUUUAAAAAAUAAUAAUUGUAAUGGAGAUUGAGAUUUUUAGUUUUUAAAAAUGAAAAUAAUUCAUAUCGCAUUUAAUGUUAACUUAAAGUAUUUAAUCAAAAAAAAUUGUUGUAUUAUUAGAAUUGAUAUAUGUUUAAUUAGUAUUAAACGAGAUAAUUUUUAGAUAUUAAAUUUUUUUAAUUUUAUGAAAUCGCAAAAGAGCAAUGAGAGAUAUUUAUCCGGAUUAUUAUUUUAAAUAUACAUUCCUUUGAAAAAAUUAAAAAAAAAAAAAAUUAAAAGUGCAUUUAAAAAAAUGAACAGAUCAAAUUGAUUAAAGUAUUAUUAUAUAGAUAUUUUAUUUAUUAUUAUCUAGUCAACAAUCAUCAGUCAUCACCAUUAAAUCAUGGGUAUGAAUCUCUUGUUCAUUAAUUAUAAAUUUAUUUAUUUUACGUAUUUAUUUUUUAAUCAUAAAAAAAAAUAAAGAAGGAAUAAAUUUAUGUGAAUGAUGAUGUGUGUUGCCCAGAUAUUAGCAAUAAUAAUUAUUAAUUAUUAUUGUUAGUAGAAAAAUAAAAAAGAUAAAUUGUUUUUAAUAUUAGAAUUUACAAAAGUUUGUACUUGUCAGUUAAGAAAAAUUCGGUCGUAAACAUCCGAAAGCCUUUUCUCCGGCGUUUAAAUAUAUUCAUUUAUUUAGCUUUUUAUAAAACAUAAUAAAAUUAAAAAAUAAAAACGGAAAUUAUUGUUGAUU